CCACCCGCCGGGCCGGAGGUGCCCCGCGCCGUCCGCGCUCGCUCCGCCGGGUGCGCUCCCCCUGCACCCGGCGAGGGCGAGGCCCCCGGGGAGGCCAUGGCGGAGCCGGAGCCCCCGGCCGACGACCUGGACGCCCUCCUCGACGACCUGGACUACCUCCCCGGCCACUUCCACCUGGAGCUGCAGCUCAACUUCGAGCCGCGCUCGCCCGCCUCGCAGCGCGCGCGCGCCCGGGACCUGCGGCUGCAGCGGGACAGCCUGCGGCGGGAGCUCGAGCUGGCCGCGGCCCCGCAGCGCCCCGCCGUGCUCCACCUCCUGGGCGCCGUGGCCUUCCACCUGGAGGAGCUGGACGAGGCCCGCGAGCGCUUCCUCGAGGUGGCCCGCGGGCACCCCGACAACCUCAACGCCUGGGCCAAUCUGGCGCACUUGUACGGGCGGCUGGCGCAGGAGGACCAGGAGGAGGCGUGUGCCGGGCGGCUGGCCAGCCUCAUGGACCUGGAAGCGGACGUCGAGGCCCCGGGCACCCCCGGAGACCCCCAGCUCCGCGCCGCACGCUGCUUGGCCGAGCAGGGCUACGCGCACGGCUUCGACGUGGGCUACGCCAGCCCGGAGGAGCAUGAGCGGGUGCUGGCGGCUGGCAUCGCGCUCUACGACAAGGCGCUGGGCUACGGGCAACAGGUCCCGGCGGAGGAGAAGAGGGGCUGGUACCUGGGCAUGGUCACGCUCCUCAUCAGGCUGGACGGCCUCUCCCCGGCGCUGGGCCGCGAGGAGCAGAGGCGGCUGCCCGCCUUCAACCGCGCGCUGUCCCUGCUGCGCCAGGUGCUCAAGUCCCCGGACGCCCAGCGCCGAGCCCUGGCCUGGUGCUACCUGGGGCUGCUGCUGGAGCGCAAGGACUCCUUCUCCACCACGCCCCUGGGCGUGCACGACUGCGGCUUCUCGGGCACCGAGCCCCUGGACUGCUUCGGCAAGGCGAUGGAAGCAGCCAAGGACCAGCCCCCCGUCCUUAAUCGCCUGGCCAAGAUCGUCCACUUCCUGGGAAAGCAGGACAUGGCCAUCGGGAUCUGCAACAUGGCGCUCAAUGUGCUCCCGGACCCGGCGCUCAACUGGCAGGCCUACUGCACCCGGGCCAAGGUGCACAUCCAGACCUACCUGCACGACCUGGAACGGGCCAAGCUGGGGCUGGGGCACAUGCCCGACAGGAACCACCUGGCCUGUGCCAAGGCGGAUCUCGAGGAAGUGGUCAAGGUGUGCCCAGGCCUCAAGGUCUACCUGGACAUUGGCCAGGUCUACUACUACAUGGGCGUGGACGCCAUGCAGGAGCUGCUGGCCGUGGACGAGGAGGCCCUGAACCAGGCGCUGGUGUUCCUGGCCAAGGCGGGCGAGUCGGAGCUGGGGGCCGCCCUGCCCGAGCUGCAGCUGCUGCGGGGCAAGUGCCUGCGCAUCAAGGGCGAGGAGGCCAACGCGGCCGCCUGCUUCAAGCGCGUCGUGGAGCUGGACGACGCGGGCUGCGGCCGCACCGAGGGCUUCGGCCGCCUGCUCGAGGCGCUGCUGGCGCAGUGGGGCCAGGCGCAGCUGAGCGACGGCGAGCUGGGCCGCGAGGUGGACGCGUGGCUGCGCCGCGCCCAGGCCAAGUACCCCGCGCCGUGCCUGCGCCAGGAGCUGCAGCGCCUGUGGCGGGGCCACACGGCCGAGGUGCUGGGGCUCGCGCGGACCUUGGUGGCCCAGGGGCGGCCGGCGCUGGUGCGGCUGCUCUUUGAGACCAUGGAGCUGGAGAGCGAGGACGCCGGCACGCCCAGGGGCCACCGGGCUUUCUCCUUCUGAUGGGCGCCAGCGGCCCCCCCGCCCCGCCCCAUUCCGUCCAGGUCCCGAGCCCCGCCCCGUCCAGGUCCCGCCCCACCCAAACCCUGCCCUGUCCAGGCUCCGCCUUAUCUCCAACCGAGCCCCGCCCCAUCCAGGUCCCGCUCCACCUAAGCCCCGCCCCAUCCAGGCCCCGCCCCGACCAGGUCCCACCCUGUCCAGGCCCCGCUCCAUCCAAGCGCUGCCAGUCCCAGUCCUUCCUCAUCCCCAACCGAGCCCCGCCCCAUCGGGGCCCCUCCCCGUCCAGGUCCCGCGCCACCCAAGCCCCGCCCCACCCAGGUCCCGCUCCACCCAAGCCCCGCCCCGCCCAGGCCCCGCCCCAUCCAAACCCCGCCCCGUCAGGGUCCCGCCCCGCCCAGGUCCCACCCCUCCCGAGCCCCGCCCCAAUCAUGGCCCCGCCCAUCCAGGUCCUGCUCCUCCUGCUCCUGCCCCACCUCAUUCAGGCCAGUGACAUUAUUUUUGAGGAUUAGAAUGGGCAAAUUGAGCCCUUUAGGGCAGUUUUUGUCUCCAGAUAGGUAGAGGAGCUCGUUUAGGAUAGCAGAUGAGAAUGGGGGCAGCCUCAAGCAAGACACAGCGAGAAGCUGCAGGUUGAAGGGUAGAAGUUUGUAACUGCAAAUAAAGAUGGUUGCUAGUCACCUACCUGCUGGCCUGCCUCCACCUGGGCUCUUUUUCAAGUCCCAUGUGCAGUCCCUGAGGCCUGUCUCUUUGGGUUCCUGAUAGGUCCCCUUUACUUUAGUGGGUUGGAGUGGUCUCAGGUCAGAAACGCCAUGGCUAGGGGGCAGGGGACAGCGCUGCAGAGUGAGCGAGGUUUAUGGGCAGAACCACCCUGGCCCCGGGGGAAAGUGGAUAGGGCACUACCCACUAGCAUGUGGAUGACCCGGGUUCCAUCCCCGGCACCCCUUAUCGUC